AGCAGGAGGGCGUGAUCAACUAUAUAGCCUACACUGACUCUCAAGUCAUUUCCUCAAUAACCAGAAGGAUCACGAUGGACGAAUAUCCCAUCAUUGUAGAAGGAGACUGGGGGCCUGAACACACAAAAAGUGUGAAAAAUAAACUUCAUAUUCACUUUCAGAGCAAGAAGAAAUCCCAGGGAGGAGACUGCGUCGUGCAAUAUAAUGACAAGAGCAACUCUGCUACGAUUCUGUUCAAAUCACCUUACGUCCGAGAUGCCGUACUCUCCCAGGCAGAACACAUUAUUACUAUUGACAGUAAGCAAAUCAAGCUGAAAGUGUUCAAACCCAGCGAUGUAGAGGAACAAGCAGACAACACUGGACAAAAGACGCAGCAGGCAUGUGGAAAUCAGAAAUCAAGCCAAGAUGAUGUUCUCUCCCAGAAGAAACAUGUUAUUACCACUGAGAGUCAGAAAGAGUUCAAAUCCAGUGAUGCAGAGAAACAGGCAGACAGCACUGGACAAAGAAUGGAGCAGGCAAGUGGAUAUCAGGAACCAAAUCAAAGUGUCCUACAAACUAAUUUGGAUGUGAAGAAGCCUCAAGAGUCAAGUGCUGUGGUCCUGGAGGACCUUCCAGAUGAUUUUAAUCAAGAUGUUUUGACUCUUUUGGUGGAGAACAUCACCAGUCUUUCUGAAAAUGACUUUGGCAUGGAAUUAAUACCAGAAUUAAGAAAAGCUGUUGUGACCUUUAAAAAUCUCAGUGAUGCAGGAAAGUUCCUUGUGGACAGCAGGACACAUGAGGAAUUCAAGAAGAAUAAUCUGAGGGCCCGUACAUUGGAGAGAAGCACGUGUGUGCGGGUGGAGAAUCUUCCAGAUGAGGCCAAAAACAACAAGAUGCUGCUGAAACUAUAUUUUGAGAAAUGGGGUGGUCCAGCAGAGGAAGUUAUCACAAUUCCAUCAGAACAAGCAGCCAUUAUUACCUUUAAGGAGGAAGAAGCCAAAGAGAGAAUCUUGAAGCGAGAGAAUAACAUCUGUGAUGUCCCAGUCAAGAUAUAUCCCUACUUUAAAUCACUGGAUACAGUCUUGUAUGGUGGAAACAGACCACAUUUGAAGCUGCCUGAUCCCAUUACAGUCAGUGUACAUCCUGCCAUCAGAGAGUUCCUUCUCAAGAAAGGGGAGAUUUCCUCUAUUAAAGACCAGAUGAGCUCACACUUCUGCCAAAUAAACAUGGACAAACCUGAAGCUUUGCUCAGUCCUGAUCCAGCAUUACUGAAACAGAAAGGAGUUGCCAGAAGACAUGUUGAUGGCUGGAGUAAGAAUGCCUGUGAUGCCUUCAUGAAAAUAAUAUCAAACUACACAACGUCUGAGUGGCCAGUGUCACACCCCUUGUGGUCUAAAGUGGAGAGUGAUGUUAAGGAAUUAGUGAAAGAUAAGGUUUUCACAGAUAUGGAUGCCUCUAAAGGUGUCCUGACACUGGCGGGAAUGACCCAUGAGAUAACUGGACUGAAACUCAUCAUGGAGAAAAUUUUAGAGAGAGCAACAAAUCAAAUAGAGAUAGAGAAGAACAGUGUGACAGAGCAAAUGGAGAUAUCUCCUGCCAUGUACUCUCUGCUUUUACAAGAUGGCCUGAAAAGUGCUGUUUCUCCAAACCUGCACAUUGACUACAACAAAAAAAUAAACAGCUUGGUUUUAUCAGGUCUUAAUACAGAAAUCCUCAUGUUCAAGAAUUGGGUCCUUGAGAAGAAAAUAAAUAUGAAACAGAAGCCCUUAAAGAUUGACCAUUCAAUUCUGGAGUACCUGAGAUCAGUGAAUUGUGAUGAAAUGUCCACAGAUCUCUUUAUAUCUCAUGGAAUAACUGCUGUCUACACAAUCGAAAAUGAAGAUGUUGUUGUGAUUGGCAGCACAGAAAAAGCACUUGCUGAGGCAGAGAAGAGGGUGAAUAUGGUUCUUACAUCCAAAGACCUCAUUAUAGAAGAUCAGAGUGUCCUUCAAAUGACAGAGUGGCAGGAUCUCAAAAAACAAUUGCAGGAAUUGUUCAAUACUUCCAAAAAAAUAUCUGUAUUUAUAAACUUAUCUAAACAGAAAGACAAAGUAAUAGUGACUGGAUUCAAAGAACCAGUGAUGGAGGUCAGUGAGAGCUUAGGAUGUUUCAUUGAGAAACACACAAGAAUUGAAGAAACCGUUCGUGUAAAAUCACAUGCAGCAGUUGAAUUCAUAAAAGACAAAAAAUCACAAGACUGGCAGCAUUUAAUGAAGUCUGAUGAGUUAAAAGUAAAUUUUGAUUCCAAGAGACCCUGGAUCAAACUGUCUGGAGAGCGAGGAUUUGUCCAGCCAGCUAUGACUUUCUUUAAAAGGUUGGCAGAUUCUCUCUACACAGACACACAUAUCAUUAAAAAGGCAGGAGCAAAGAAGUACUUCAAGGAACAGGGUAAUAUGAUGCUCUCAAUGCUGUUGAAGGAAAAAAGAUUUGUGGUGGUCCUCCAGGAAGAUGACAUGCUGGAACAGGAAGAGGAUGAAUUUACUGAACGCAGUUUUGAAGAUUUUGGCCAGGUCUCUUGUGAAGUUCGAAUGCCAAGUGGAGUAACUGUUACUGUCAGGAUGGCGGACAUUUGUAAGCUCAGUGUUGAUGCUGUGGUCAAUGCUGCUAAUAAAGAUCUGAUGCACAGUGGUGGCGUAGCUUUCGCACUUCUCCAAGCUGCUGGACCACGUCUACAGCAUUAUUGUGAACAUUACAUAAAAGAAAAUGGGCCUCUGAAACCUGGAGAUGCCAUCAUCACUGACGCUGGUCGUCUUCCCUGUAAAUAUGUGGUACACGCUGUUGGACCUCGCUUCGGCGAUUCAGACCGACGCACCACCGUACAACUCCUGAGACGUGCUAUAAGGGAAAGCUUGAACCAGGCAUCGAGCAAAAACUGCUCCUCCAUUGCAAUUCCAGUUAUUAGUUCAGGGAUAUUUGGUUGUCCUCUUGAACUUUGCACUGAAUCAAUUGCCAAGGAAGUGUGUGAGUACAUCGAAGAUCAAAACCCCAGAGUUUCCAGUAGCACAUUAACUGAGAUACAGUUGGUUGACAAUAAUGGCAGCACUGUAAAAGCCAUGGCUCAAGCUGUCCAAAAGGAGUUUGCUGCAUAUAACCCCAAAAUGACUUUCCCUCAUCAGACUAAACCUCAUGGGUAUAGUAACGAUGGACAAGGCUAUCGUGGAAGAGGUAAGAGAAACUAUGGCCAAAGAAACCAAGUGUUUGAAGGUCCCGAAGACCAUGGUAAUAGAGAAUUUGAAGGACAAGCACACUCAAGCUCUCAAGGAUUGAGUGUUCUUGAGACCAAAACUACAAAAGAUGGACUAAAAAUCAAUCUGAGCAAAGGGAACAUCCAGGAUGCAUGUGCUGAUGUCAUUGUAAACACUAUAUCGAAGGACUUGGACCUCAGUAAAGGCGCCGUCUCCAAAGCACUCCUUCAGACUGCUGGUCAUGAGCUCCAGUCAGAAGUCAUCACAGCUGCGCGCUCAAACAAUCUGAAUUAUGGUGAAAUGAUCAUCACAGAUGGUUAUAAACUAAAAAGUUCCAAAGUCUUUCAUGUAAUUUGCCCAUUUUGGAACGGUGGACAACACUCAGCAGAUAGGGUACUCAUUCAGAUCAUUAGAGAUUGCCUGAGAAAAGCAGAAACCCGUCGAAUGGCUUCAGUCGUCUUCCCAGCUAUCGGUACUGGGAAUCUUGGCUUUCCUAAAGAUCUUGUGGCCAGAAUCAUGCUGUCAGAAUUCCAGGAAUUUAACUCUACAGAUCUUCGAGAGGUAACUGUGAUUGUGCACCCAUCUGACAAGGAGAGCAUUCAGUGCUUUACCAGCAUCUUUAGACACGGGAUUCAGCAUCCCACCAUAAAAGGAACAUCUCAGCAUUUCAUGUCUAAAAUAAACAUUUCUGGCAAGUCAGCUCAGACCUCUGGACUUGUUGGCAAAGUCUCCUCUCCCUCUCUUGGGGUGCACACUAUGCAUCUGGGUCAAGUGACUCUGGAGGUUUCAUCAGGAGAUAUAACUAAAGAAAAAACUGAUGCCAUUGUCAACUCCUCAAAUCCGACAUUUUCUCUGAAAGCAGGUGUAUCCAAGGCCAUUUUAGAUGCUGCUGGAUCACAAGUGGAAUAUGAAUGUUCACAGAUUGUGGGAUCAUCAAACAUUCAGCAAACAGAGAUUGUGACCUCAGCUGGGCACCUGCCAUGUGGAAAGAUCAUCCAUAUUAUUGGACGCAAUAAGCCAUCUGAAAUUAAGGAUGUUGUUUUGUCUGUUCUGAAGUUAUGUGAGAAAAAGAAACCUGUGCAUGUAAAGCUUGUAAAGUUUCUUAUAUUCCAGACAAACAUGUUGUCAGACUUCCACCAAAGCAUGGUCAGAAGAUCUGGUGAGAAAGUAGAAGAGGAUAAAAGUCUGCUUACCAAAUUUAAAGACUUUUUUUGGGGGGGAAAUUCAGAAUCACCCACAAAUGAAGAGUUUGUGGUGGUGGUUGAGAAAAUUGAGCCAGCUGUGUUCCAACUGUGUGGAGAGACAUCAGAGGACCUGAGGGAAGCCAUAGACACGAUCAACAGCUUGAUAGUACGAGAGCAUUUGACCAUCCCAAUUCGUGAUCCAGCCAUUGCUCAUUUCACCAAGGAGGAUGCAGAAAUGCUUAACUCCAUGCAGAGGGAGUUCACAGUCAGUGUCCAACUUGAGAAGAAAGGCCAAGAUUCUGUCAUCACAUUGGAAGGCCUGACAAGAGACGUUCACAGUGCAGAGAGUCGUAUUCGGGACGUGAUCCGCAAGGUGGAAAGGAACGAAUACCGAAGACGUGAGGCAUUUAUAAUCAGCAGUAUGGUUAAGUGGCAAUAUCAGGAGAAUGGACGCAACCUCAAAAACUUUGAUAUGUUGACUAAUUAUGAGCUGGAACAGGCCUAUCAGAAGAGACAGCCUUCAGUGAGAAUCAAGAUUAAUAGUGAUGAUUAUGAGGCUGAUUUAGUUCGCAAAGAGGCCACAAGAGGGAGAAUGAGGAUUGAACUGAAUAGAGUAGAUCUGCAAGAUGCAGCUCAAAGUUCUUUGCCUUCACACUGGGAGGACAUGAAAGGAAAUGCAGUUGUUCUUGUAAAACUCACAGCAGGCUCAAAGGAAUAUGCAGAAGUGGAGAAAGAGUUCAGAAGAACUGGACUGUCCUCUAACAUCAUUGAAAUUGAAAGAGUUCAGAACAGCACACUAUGGAGAAACUACAUGAUCAAAAAGGAGGAACUGGAAGACAAAAACCAGCACAAAGACAAUGAGAAGCGUCUCUUCCACGGCACUGGCCCUGAUAAGAUAGAUCAGAUCAACCAUCACGGCUUCAAUCGCAGCUAUGCUGGGACACAUGGAGCCAUGUAUGGAAAUGGUACAUAUUUUGCUGUGGACCCGAGUUACUCAGCUCGAAGCUACUCUAAACCUGAUAUCAACGGACAUAAACGCAUGUACCUCGCCAGGGUGCUUGUCGGUGAUUUCACUCAAGGAAAACCUGGCCUUCCUGUUCCCCCUGCAAAGAGUUCCAAUAGUGCUGAUCUCUAUAACAGUGUGACUGACAGAAUCAACAGCCCAACCAUGUUUGUGAUUUUCAAUGAUGUACAGGCUUACCCAGAAUACCUAAUCACCUUCCAGUAGUGAUUUGUUGUUUUUGUUGCUGUUUUCAUUAGGUUGAUCUUUGUGGUAUUGGCCACUCAGUCACAACUUAGGCAACGAAAGGAUUCAUCUUUUAUUUUUUUGUAAUUUGUGCAUUGUUAAAGGUUAGGUAAGUGGCAUUUCAAAAAACGCUGUUUGGAAGUUAGUCAGACCAACUCACCAGCAAACAACAACAAACGUGUAGCCAAUCAGCAUUAGGGGGUGUAUGACAGUCGAGGAGAGAGCGAGGAAGAGGGAGAUUUGAAGAAAGACUGCAGAAAGAGAGAGACAAUACACAAUACAAAAGAGAAAAGCUUAGAAGAAUAUUAUUGGAAUGAAGGGUUAAGACUAGGCAAGAUCUUUAGGACUCUAGGAAUAUUAGAAAAGCUUUCCAGCACUGGAGAGAGCUAAGCAGGAAGGCCUGAAAACAGAGGCUGUAUUGAUUCAGCUCCACACGUGAGUAAACCUAUCUCAAGAGGUGCACUGAAGACUGCUAGAGAAUGCAAUGUUUAGUUUGUUUUAAUAUUUCAAUUUAAUAAUUAAAUAUUAGUGGAUUUGGAAUGUUUAAAGAAUGCUGUGAUUAGCGUCAUUGUUAGAGGUGUACUUGGCCAGUAGCGAUCGGGGUUCAAGACCUACUCUGUUCAGGGUGGUUAGGAUUGAAGGGUGAGUUUUGGAGGUGGAGCAAUGAAGAGAGGGGUGUGCUUGUCUGAGUUUAUUUCAAAUAUCAACAAUGUCCAACAGCGUUUUUGAAAUAUCACUUACCCCACCUUUAAAAGCAAUCUGAAGCAGGCUGUAUGUUGAGAAGUAUAUUUGUGUGCAAUGCACAAAUUUUUGGUGCCUGUCCUUAUUUUUCAAUGUGGAAGUGUCUAUUUUCUGUUGAUGUGCAAUAUGUCCAAUUCCUUAGUUGCUAUACACAAUAAAACAUUAUCAAAAGUAUAUUAUGGCUUAAUAUGUCAAUUUAAUAAUUAAAUAUUAGUGCAUUUGGAAUGUUUAAGUCUGCAUUUGUAUAUUGUUGAAUCUCUGUAUUAUUAUUCAAGAGUCAUUGUAGGCCAUUCUUAUCUUCAUUUUGGGAUGCUAGCAUACUUAAAGGCUUUUCACACUGCACUUAACCCUGGGUUAUCAUUGUCCUAAUUUAACCCCAGGUAAAGGAAGGUUUUACACUUGCAAUUUUGAAACGGGGUUAGCACCGUUUUUUACCUGGGGUUAUGAAACCCUUGUUACAUCUAUGACCUAAUGCGGUAUAUGUUGGUUCUGUUGUUGCUGAUUGGUCCUGGACGUAAUCUGAGGCUGUUGGUGGUUGGACCCCCGGAGAAGAGACCCGAACUAUAAAUUCCCCCAGUAUUCCACUGGAGAGAUCUCUCUGCCUCUUUUGAUUGUUCAUGAUGUUCUGUUUGUUGUGGUACUGUGUGUUAGCUGGUGAACAUGUAGUGUGACAGACUGUAAUUUCUGGUUUAACAGAGUGCUGCACUGUUGCCAAGUCCGCUGUUUUCCCGCAGAAUUUGGCUACUUUUACACCGUUGCCGUGGGUCGUUUUUCAUGUCUGCGGGUUGAAGUAACCCCACAUAACAUGAUAUUUAGCCUCUGGAAUGCAAAAUUUUACUAGGGGAACCCCGCCAAAAAUGUGGAUUUUUUUCCCCCGGAACUCCUUUAGGCUAGUUUUGAGUAGCAAUUGGGCGGGUUUUGUUGUGAAAACCUGGCAACCCUGGAGUGCUGUUAGCCCCUUUGAUACAGUGUGACCCUUAUGUCUAAAACAUCAAUGUCCUGCUGAUCAUGUUUAUAACUUCUUAACUGUUUUGGGAAGCCGUAGGCUGUGAGUGCCUUUUUUUUGUUGGCCAAAAGGCCAUUACUUAUUUCCUGUUUAUUGGUUAGAUAAGGAGAUAGGGUAAGCUGUUGUAUGUUUUGUUUCUUUUAUUUUGAUUUGUAGGGAAGGUAGUUCUUUUGUGGGAAAGUUAGUUUCUGUUUGUUUAUUGUUUUGGCAUUGGUUCACCCCUGAAGAUUUUGCUUCCAAAUUCUUUUGUUUCUUUCUUUUUCAAGAAAUUGCUUUGUAUAUACAAAAAAUUCUAACGCAUUGAAAAUGAACAAGAAAAUAAAAUAAAAAUGAGUAAUUAAUAA